AUGGCUGUUAUAACUCAAUAUCACGGGAGCUUGGUUGCCUUCGAAGGGCCCCAAGAUACCAUCUCAACCCAACUUCGGCUGCUGCCAAACUCGCCAAACAUCUUAAUUGUGCCGCCACUGCGAUACUUCCUAAAAGAAGAGGACCUGGAGGCACCGUUCGAUGCUCGAGCACAUAUCCUAGCAGUACACAAGGCGUGCCAUGAUAGAGUCGAAGCAGCGCGGGCGUUCUUACAGGACUCCACCCCGAGUGAUAAACGGCUGGUUUUCAUGAACGGGGGAACUGUGAGCGCCCAGUUGGAUUGCAUCACCGACAUCAGCCAUAAUCUUACAGAUGGAGAUUUUGCCAAGGCCGAACGUAUGUUCCAUGGUCUUGUUCGAAAUGGAGUCCAGGGACUACACAGCCGACGCAAGAAGGUUAUGAGCCCCAAGGCGUUGCACGUAGUGGAUGACACUCAAGAGACGACAGAAAAGAAUGAAACUCCCAGCGACCCAGCGUCCAAGGCUAUGAGAGCAGCUGAUGCUCUCGAUCUUCAAACUGCCUCUCUACAGCCUAACAAUGAAGUUGAUCUUACGACCAAGACCAGGUCUCGAAGCACCAGCGUACCCCCUUAUCGAGUGGUGGACGACUUUCAAAAUGCCACUCCUUUCUAUGUUUUUGGGGCUUGUAAAUGGGAAAAGAUCCAUCCCGACGGUCCAAACUCUCCUCAAAUCCCCCACCGCAGCCAUACUAUUCAAGAAACACGAAAAGCGUCCCGGCGCGGGCAGAAUGUAAAGGAGCCUCGAAGAUUCGAGCUCGUCAGCAAAUCAAAACGCCAAUCGUUAUCGCCUAUGAAUAUAGACUUGACAAGCCCUCGCUCCUUGGGCGCUGACUCGACUGUCACCACGCCAGCAAUAUGCGAGGCCUUUGUUGUUGAUCUUCGACCUUCGGCCUCGACUGCUUCACAUAGGAAACCAAAGUCUGUCGACCGAACCUACUCCAACCCCGUCCGUAAACAGGAUAUCCUAUUACGAAGUUUUCCGCGACCACCCCGUUCGAGGCCGCAAAGCCUCGAAAACAGCUCAGUGAAUCAACAAGAGAAAUUGCUACUCCGGUCGAAAUAUGCCACUGAAAUCCCUAGGCCGACGUUUAGCACGCCCAACCGGUCUAUGGUUAGACGCAGUCCACCGUCGCCUCUCAAGUUGCAAAAGAUACUGCAGCGGCCGGUGACUUAUGUCGACCGUGCUACCAGCCCCAUCAUCAACCGCUAUGUUGAUCAUGGUACUAGUACCGAGCCUGAACCCACUACCUAUGAGUCUAGUGAGACUGAGACGGAGGACUUGAAGUCCCCCAAGCUCGAGGACAGCUUUGGAUACGGUUACUUUGACUUGCAAGAGGCAGUCUUGCCCCUGCUUGAGGACUUGGUCAUAUUCUUCAAGACGGAGAACCCAGAUACACGGUUGGAAGAAACCAUUCAAGCAUUCAAGGAGGGUGUAUACCCAAUCUCUAUAUCACGAUCAAUUGUAAAAGAUGAGGAAGAACGUGAUAGAACCGGCACUUUUCCUCCGGAACUGCCACGGACGGCAUCGCCCAAGUGCGAGACCCCAAUAAGCGAUGUACGAUGCGCAGAAGUGAUGGCUGGCUACCACACGAACUCCGACGAGUACGACCCCUUCGCAUAUGGAACCUACCCUCGCCCAUCAUGCCCCUGGUCAUCAACGCUGGAUCCGAGCCACCACAAGCCAUGCACACCUCCGACACCCGCCCAAACGCCCCCUUUACCCGCCAAGAGCCUGGAGAAGCGUUUCCACGAGUUCACUACGACAAGCUGCCGGACGGCCGUGUGCAUGCAGAACUCCCUGCGGUCCAUCCUGAACAUCUACUUCCCGCCCGAGGAUACAGGCUAUCACCAGUUCAACUUCCCUCUGCUCCCCGAACUGGGCAGUCUCUGGAAGCCCGUGUUCCGCGAUACGGAUACCGGGGCGGUGACCAAGCGAAAGAGAAAGAUCGAUCUUAUUCUCGCUAUUGGAGCGCAGCAAGGCGUUGACAAGGACUUUCUGGCCGCGAUCACCGGGUCGCUGGAAAAGCUCGGGACGAAGCCGAACGGUAUGACUCGGAGUGGAAGAUUAGACUUGAGGUUCCUCAUCGCCAACGCCAUGCAAGCCUUCACCUCACAGCCCUUAGCGAACCAAACCCAAGACAACCCCUUUUCCAACCCGCUGCUCCUAGCCACAUUGAUCAUACCGCACCUGGAAACCUACAUGGCAGCGCAUACCGCAACCCGCUUUCUCCUCCUCGAGUACCCCCCCGAGCAUCUAACCACCGUCCUGGCGAUGCAGUGGCUAAUAGGGGUCGACCUCGUGAGAAUCGCCGGGAUCCUCGACUCGGACCCCAACGAGCCAAACGCCUCUCCAGCAACGGCGCCCAAGACCCCUUCCCGCUCCAACACGCACGUGCGCGUCCAUUCCUCCUCCUCCUCCCCCAGUCCCAGUCCCAGGGCGGGUGCGGGUGCGGGUGCGGGCGCCACCCUCGUCACGCCAUCCGGAGUGAAGCACACGGCGAAGCCCUGCUCGUUCGACAAGGCCAACUACCUUCUCACGUCCAGCGCCAACGAGUCCGCCAUCGCGACGCUGAUCUCCGCGAUCUGGAAGAUCCUCAUCAACGUCUCGACCUUCUACAUACCGGAGGGGAUGUGCCCCCGGUCUUCCUUGCAGAUCGACCCGGAGUUCCGGCACAACGGCAGCAGCGGCAGCAGCAGCCAACGAGGCGGUGGUAGAGCGCGCGACAGGCCGCUGGCGCAGACGCCGCUCAUCAACCCCGCGCAGCAGUACGCUCCGCUCGCUAAUGCGGCGGCUAUCAUGGAGUUUGAGGAGGAGGACAAGAAGAAGAAGCGGGAGAGCAAAAAGGAAACCCUGACCAACCCCCUAUCGCCGCCUCCUCCUCCUCCUCCACCAACAAAGCAUACCUCAACCCGACCCCCACACCACAAACCCGACACCAAGCCCCUGCCCCCCAUCCGCCACAAAUACCGCGGCGUCGAAGCCACUACCGGGCCCAAGCCGUCCCCCUGCUCCUCGUCGCCGUCGCCUAGGGGAGGGUCGUCCACCAUAUCCGAGACCAUCAAGAGCAGCCGCACGGCGCAGACGAUGCGGAGCCAGCGCGACAAGCUGCGGCACAUCAUGAUGCUCGGGAACGCCGGGGAUCCCACCACCACCAACACCAGCACCACCACCAGCACCAAAACGACUACCACUGCGACAACUCCUGCCAACGCUGCCGCUAUUAUCCUUGCGCCGGAUAAGACGUCUGGUGGUGCGUGGGGUAACGGUAAUGGCAACAGCAACCGCAACCGCAACCGCAACCACCAUGACUGUGACAACAAUUGCAACGACAAUAACGGCUACAACAAUGAUGACAACGACGAAGAUGACGACGACGACGACGUGUUCUCCGCCGACGAAAGGAGAUACAUGCCUCUUUUCGGCCGGCAGCACGGGCCUAGGAAGGGGAGCAGCCAAAAGGCGCUCAAGUGGUUGGGUCUAGCGACUUAAGGGGACGAAAAGGGGAGAAGGGGGGGGCUGGGCUUUGGAUUUAGGCCGUUCGUUCUUUUGCCAUUUACGUAUACCUAUCUAAGUUAUGUUGUUAUUCACAUAUAGUGUAUUUUCUUCUUCACUUCAUCUGUUCUUCUUGUAUCACCAACUCUGCGAGUUAUUUUGUAUCC